AUGCCCGGCAAGACACCUCAUACGAACGGGGAUAAGAAGCUCGAGAACGGUAUCACUGGUAGCAAGGACGUCGAGAUGACGGAUGAUGCGCCAGCUGCUCUCAAGGGUGGAAAGGGGAAGAAGGUCAAGGAGGGCGAGGAAGAAAUGACUGUUGUCGUUCCGCCUUCCAAGGGCUCGAAGCUCUCUGCUCCUCCUCCGAAAGACACCGAUGGAGACGUAGCGAUGGAUGAGACCGACGAGCUUGAGGGUGAGGAUCUUGCUGUCAAGGUCGAUCCGGUAACGAAGGCCGUGGCAGACAUCAAGAGCAACUUCCCACAAUUGGAGCGCGCUGUUACGCUGUUCGAUGCCAGAUUCUCCCUCCGAGCUCUCAGAUCUGUUUCGUCCAUCCGCAAACGCCUCACACCUGACAUUCUGGCGCAAGUCAUCACCGAGACCUACCCGUCCGCCAGCCCUAUUGCAAAGUCCUUACUGCUCGCCCUUGGGAGAGAAAAUGCUGCAUGCACAAAGCCAGAUUCGCCCGAGGUGGAGAUCGACAGCGAUGCGAAGAAGGGUGGCAUCAAGAAGGAGCAGAAGGAGAUCAUCCCUGAAAUCGACAUCUUCCUCGGAAUCCUGAUCCAAAUCUACUUUCUGGAUAACAAGGUCCAUACCAAGGGUGCUGAGUUCUCUGCCAAUCUUGCUGCGCGGAUACACACUUUGAACCGUCGGACUUUGGACUCGCUCACGGCCCGUGUCUACUUUUACUACUCGUUAUUCUGCGAAGAGAUGCUCCCCGCCCCUCCUUCUCCAUCAUCGCCCGUCGUAGCUCUCCGACCAACCCUGCUCUCUGCCCUCCGAACCGCGGUCCUGCGGAAGGAUAUCGACACGCAGUCCACGGUCAUCGUGCUCCUGUUAAGAAACUACCUCUCGACGUUCCAUAUUGCCCAGGCUGACCUUCUCUUGUCACAUACCCAGUUCCCUGAGACUGCGUCGAAUAACCAGGUUGCUCGGUAUUUGUACUACCAGGGUCGCAUUCGGGCCAUUCAAUUGCGUUACACCGAGGCUCACGAGUAUCUGAUCGCUGCCACCCGCAAGGCUCCUACGAGUCCCAGUGCUGCAGGCUUCGCGCAAACCGCGCAGAAGUUACUGCUUGUGGUCCAGCUGCUGAUGGGAGACAUUCCCGAGCGUGCCACUUUCCGGGUCGCCAGCACAGAGCGUGCCCUCCAGCCAUAUCUGAUGCUUGUGCAAGCCGUCCGCGUGGGUCUGCUGGGCGAGUUCGAGACUGUCAUCAAGCAACACGCAGGGACCUUCAGACGCGAUGGCACCUACACUCUUAUCCUUCGUCUCCGCCAAAACGUCAUCAAGACAGGCAUCCGUAUGAUGUCUCUCUCCUACUCCCGAAUCUCUCUCCGCGACAUCUGCAUACGCCUGAAGUUGGACAGCGAGGAGUCUGCGGAGUACAUCGUGGCCAAGGCUAUUCGGGAUGGUGUCAUAGAGGCUUCGCUGGAUCGCGAGAGGGGAUUCAUGAAGAGCAAGGAGGUGGGUGAUGUUUAUGCCACGCGAGAGCCGGGAGUGGCGUUCCACGAACGCAUCCGCGCUUGUCUCACGCUUCACGAUGAGAGUGUCAAGGCCAUGCGCUUCCCCAUGAACCAACACAGACUAGAGCUCAAGAAUGCCCAAGAAGCACGCGAGCGCGAGCGCGAGAUGGCCAAGGAGAUCCAGGACGGCGAUUUAGACGAGGACGAUCUGGGCGGGGAGUUUGAGGGCUUGUAG